AUAUAUUGUAGACAUAGGCUUUUCCACAUUUGAAUCAGUUACGUGUCAAAAUAUGGUCCCCAUUGAUCUAGAGAUAGACCAACACAACGUGUAAAUUGUUUCAAUUUCUCUGAUCCUGAUCAAUAUUCUGGUCUGCCAUCUAUCACUGGGAUUGUUAUAUAUAAACUUCAAUCACUUCAGAAGAAACCCAGGAAAACACAAAGGAUUAUACAGCUUUACUCUUUGUGAAUUUUGUCCAGUUGGUUUGUAACUUCUGUUUGCAACAUAGAAUGGAGAAUGGUGGCAUGGAGAAUCACAGCAGGCCUAGUGAAUCAAAGAGCAUGAAAUCCCAUGCUCAGUUGCAUGGAGUUCUCCACAUGUACUCAGGCAAUGGGGAUUCAAGCUAUGCAGAGAACUCUACAAGACAGAGGCAUGUUUUUCAUGUUCUGCAGCCUCUGUUUAAGGCACUCAUUGAGAAGCUCAGAAUUCCCAAGGAGGGUCCUAUCAGAAUUGCAGAUCUUGGGUGUGCUACUGGUCUCAACACCAUAUCAGAUAUAAAUUUUGUCACAAGGACAUUGACAAAUCUGUGCAUUGGAUCAGAAUUAGCAGUGCCACAGUUCCAAGCUUUUCACUCUGAUUUGCCAUCCAAUGACUUUAAUGGGUUGUUCAGACUGUUGGACAGGACUAAUUGUCCAUAUUUUGUAGCUGGGGUGCCUGGGUCUUUCUACAAUAUCCUCUUUCCGAACUCAAGCAUUCAUGUAUGCUUCUCUAUCAUGGCCCUCCAUUGGAUUUCAGAGGUUCCUGAGGCUGUUGUGCAUAAGGAUUCACCCUUCUACAAUAGAGGAAAAGUGUGGGUCAAUAGAGGCAGGCAGGAUAUUGCAGAUAUAUACUCAAAGCAAUCUCAGAAAGAUCUCACCACUUUCAUGAAGUGUAGAGCAGUGGAGAUAGCGCCAGGAGGCAUAUUGUUUCUUUGUUUCAUGGGGAGACCAGAUAAUUCACCCCCAACACAACAAGUUUCAGUGGAAGGGGAAUUCUGUGGUCAGGACUUUGAAGAUGCAUGGGAUGAUCUUGUCACACAGGGCAUUGUCAGAUUGGACUUAAGAGACUCAUUUAAUCUUCCAUGGUACUUCCCAAAUUCAAUUGAGCUGAGAAAUGCAGUUGAAGAGAGUGGUGCUUUUGAGAUAGAGACAGUUGAAGUAUGUCAAGGGGUGCCAAGCAUGUCUGAGGAGACAUUUGAGCAGUGGGUGAAGGAGCCAAAUAUUUUUGGAAAGAUGAAGGCAAAUCUGGUUAAGAGUUUUGUGGGCAGUUUAGUUGAGGCCCACAUUGGUAUUGAGAGCUCAGAGAUGCUUUUCCAAAGGUUUGAACAGAGAGCUGCAGAACACCUCCGUUCCUCUCCUCCUUCAAGAUUUAUCACCUGCACUGUUGCCUCCCUCAUCAGAAAGUAGGUUGUAACUUGAACAAUUAUCAUGAUCUUUCUGCAAGUGAUUGAGAAUGGACCUAUGUGACCUCACAACAUCUUUCUGCAAGUGAUUGAGAUUGGAUGCUUUUUUUCAUCUACAAACUGUUUAUAGUUAAUGAGACUAUCUCAUAUUUUCAGUA